UGUCGCCAAUUUUACACGAAGAAAGAGAGCAGAGCCAAUUGACGCGACAUAGCACGAAUCAACAUAGCUUUAUCGAUUUAAGGGGAAAGGGAUUUAUCAGAGUGAGAGAGAUGAGUGAUGAAUCGGGGAAGGUGAGUAAAGAAGAGGAAGAAGAAUAUGUUCUGAUGGAUCUUGACGAUGUUUCGAGGCACAUUGACAUCCCUUCAGACGCUCCUUUUACUCUCUCAGGUUUGGAUACUUUGAAUCCCAUAUUGACCAUUGAUGGGAAAAUCAAGCUGGUUGGAGAAUACUUGGAGACAAUUGGUACAUGUCUUGCUUUCUCAGAUAAGGAAGUUCCAGCAGCUGAAAACCAGACACCACACAAGACCGUUGAACCUGUUGCUAAGCUCCACAAGAUUCUUAAGUUUAGGCUAGCAUUAGAUAAUGACGAUGGAGAAACAAGAGCAACCACCUUGUAAAAAUAACAUCUUUCUAGUUUAUAUAACUUUAUGCCAAGUGAAACAAGGCCACGGGGAAAAGAGUAUCUCUGAGUUUUCUAUUGA